AAUUUGGUGUACUUAAUAGUUUUCUAAAUGCUAGUUGAUUAUUUGUUUAAAAUGUCGUCAGGUAGUAGUGGCGAUGAAUUGGAUACCGAAUUACCACUAAAACAAUCGACCACGACGACAUCACAACCAGACAGCAUCGAAGAUGAUAAAGAUAUUUCUUUGGAUCUGAUAGAUAUGUCACCAAGUCUCAACAAUAACAACAACAAUAAUAAUAAUAAUCAUAAAAAUCAUAGCCAAUCACAAUCAAUAUUAGAUUUAAAUAAUUUAAACGAUGAAUAUCAUCAACAGCAAACAAAUGAUAUACAAUUAAAACGUAAAUAUGAAACGACUACACCUGUGACGUCAGCUUCACCAACUUUUAAUAAUAAUCAUACGAAUCAUCACAUGCCUAUUAGUAAUCAUAAUAGUACUAGCCAAUCACAACAAUUGUAUUUUGAUUUUAAUAAUACGAAUGUAAGUGGCGCAGCCGGUGGGGAAAAUAAACUUAAAAAGAUUAAACAGGAGAAUGAAAAUAUGGUGAUACCGGUUACAUCAUCACCUAGACGAGUGACACCACCGGAUGUGGCGUCAUUCAAUAAUUAUUUUCAAGAUAAUGAAAAUUCACCAGUGACAUCAUCACCAAGUAGGCGAGUCACAUCUUCAACGAUGUCAGCGUCCCAAGCGCAAUUGCAUUAUUACCAUGAAUUAAUGCAAGCAAAUCAACAUCAUCAACAGAAUUCUCAAAAAAUUGAGGCAAAUUUAAAUAUACGCUUACGUUUAGCUGACCAUGAAAAAUUACUUAGCCCUGAAUCACUGAAACUUCGGGAGCAGUUUCAACGUGAACAGUCCAGUCAGCAAAAUAAACCUAGUCCACAAGGUAUGAUGGUACCAUUUCCAAGUACAGCCACAACGGCAGCCGUUUUUGUCACUGAAGAAAUGAUUGCUAAAGCGGGUGCGGCACGAUUCGCUCAGCAUCAGUUUGAUGAAACUGGUAAACCUAGUCCACUUUUUAUGAUUGAAUUGUUAAAAAAACGAUUGGCUGAGAAAAAAAAUGAGAAUGAAGAAAUUAGUGUGGAAAAUGUGAUGACAAUGGUACGAGAAAUGGAAUCUAUGCCUGGUGUUAUUCCCAAUGAAAUUAGCAUACGGGAAUGUCCUGGUUUGGGUGUGAUUGGAGUAUUCGCACAGCAAGAAAUUCGUGCCGGACAACGACUGGGACCAUUUAAAGGGAAAUGGGCAUCGAUACCAACUGUUAGUGUGGGCUAUGCUUGGCAGAUUAAUGCUGGCGAAGGUGGAAGCAGUGGCUGGUUAGAUGGUGCAUUGGAUAAUACAAAUUGGAUCAAAUUUAUCCGAAUUGUUUAUAAUCCAUUAACCAAAAUUAAUAUUGAACAUACCUUACAAGGUGGCGUUUUAUGGUAUCGUGCAAUCGAUGAUAUUGCACCAGGUGAAGAAUUAAUUAUGGGACCACGUGUAACACUACAAUUAGCUGAUUUAAUAAUUGCUGAUCAAUCUGAUAGAGAAACUGCGGAAAUUGGUGAAGACGAACGAGAAAUUGGCGACGAGGAGGAUGUAACAACCCAAUGUCCACUUUGUCGGGAUAGUUUUCAUUUUGAAAAAUUAGACGAACAUUAUGCCGUUGCACACAGUCAUGAUUUCAAAAAUUUCAAAUUAAAAUCAGAAUUUAAAAACAAAAAAUUUCCGUGUGAAACUUGUUCAAAGACAUUUCCAGACGCUGUUACUUUACAACGACAUAUACGAAAACAUCAUCUCGGCGCACGAGCACAUCCCUGUCCCACAUGCGGUAAAGCGUUUAAUUCAUCAUCUGGUUUAAAACAGCACAUGCACAUACAUUCAUCGUAUAAGCCAUUUGAAUGUGAAGUCUGCUUCAAAGCGUACACACAAUUUUCGAAUUUAUGUCGACACAAACGAAUGCAUGCGGCAUGUCGUAUGAGAAUCAAAUGUGAUAAAUGUGGUCAACUAUUUAAUACAACGACAUCACUAUCGAAACAUCGACGAUUUUGUGAAUCAACGAGCCGAACACCAGCAUUAUACGAACCACCAGCCGAAAUGCCAAUGAGUAAUAUACCAGCUGUGAUGGGUGCAAAUAAUCCAUAUCGAUUUUUUCUACAACAUCGUCCGCCCACAAGUUUACCAUUUUUCCCACCAAAUUUCAAUCCAUAUCCAUUAUUUCAUCCAUCAGCGGCCGGAUCACAUCCACCUGGUACACCUGGUCAAUUUAAUAAUCCAUUUUUAUUUAAUCGAAUUCCACAAUUACCACGUGAAGCAUCACCUGCAGGAAGUCAGCAGGGAUCAUCGUCACGAGAAGAUGAUAUGGCUCAACAUCAUCGCACAACCAGGCCCCCAAGUACAGCUGAUCGUACUCCUGAACAACAAAAUCAUAAACCUGUAAUUCCGCCACCAGUGAUUUCAAUACCAGAUCGAUUUACUCCACCUCGAAAUAAUUCUGCUAAAGUUUCACCACCUAUGGCAGAAGAAGCAUCCUCACGAUUACGACCAUCACCAUCGAGACCUUCGUUUAACAAUCCACGCGAACAAAUGCCUUCAACUCGACAAAAGAAUAGAUCACCACCGAUACCUGCAACUUCGACUAACGACGAAAGUGCUAAUAGUGUGCGAUCGGAUGAAGAUGACGAAGAUAUAACAUUACCACAUGAUCUAUCGUUACGAAGUACUCCGAAUACAGUUGAAGUUGUUGAAAAUUCAAAAGAAAAACCAACGGAAAAUGAGAAUGAAAAAUCUCAAACAACCGUAUCCGAACAACCCUUAGAUUUGACAAUGCGUAAACAAGAUUUUACCAAACCAGAAAGUCCUGUGGAAGUGUCUGAAGAUUAUAGUUCAAAAAAACGAAAAUUAGAAUCUCCUCCCCAGAUUCAAAAACAAGCAACAGUUGUCAGUGAUGAUAACGAUUCGAAUAAAAGUAACGAUAUCGAAAUGUCACCAUCACCGCGAGAGGAAUUAUCACCACCCCAACAAAAGAUCAUGGAAAAAAAUUCAACGCCACAAGCUACGCUCAAUAAUCAACCAAUGGCGUAUCCACAACCAAUCAAUCCAAGAUUAUACAAUGUAAUGUGUCGACCUCCGAAUUUUUUAGGCUUCCCGCCUCCCCCAGGACAUUCAAACACAACACCUGAUCGAUUAUUGCCAACACAAGCACCACAUUUUGGUCCACCCCGAGGAUUUCCCUUCCUAAAUCAUCCAUUACGACCGACAUUCGAUAUGUUACGUUCCACACAACUACCCACUGAUUUCGGGAAUACCGUAAAACCUUUUCAAGAUGUCAUGCAUCAGAAUAAUAGUGGAAAGCUAAAAGAUCGAUACGCUUGUAAAUAUUGUGCUAAAGUAUUUCCACGCUCCGCAAAUUUAACACGUCAUUUACGCACACACACGGGAGAACAACCGUAUAAAUGUAAAUAUUGUGAGCGAAGCUUUAGUAUUUCCUCGAAUUUACAACGACAUGUUCGAAAUAUUCAUAAUAAAGAGAAACCGUUUAAGUGUCCGUUAUGCGAACGAUGUUUCGGCCAGCAAACGAAUUUAGAUCGACAUUUAAAGAAACACGAAGCGGAUGAUGGUAGUAUGGUUGGUGAAGUUGCGGAUUCACCAGGAAGUAGUAACGAGAAUGAUCGUGAUAAUUAUUUCGAUGAAAUCCGUUCGUUUAUGCGUAAAGUUGAGUGUAGUGGCGAUGCCUAUGCAAAUCAUAUGUAUACAACUCCCCCACAUCAUUUACACCCUCUGGACGUCGGUAAAGAUGAAAAUGAUGAAUCAUCACGACUGAAUGUGUUAGACAAUGAUUUAGGUAAUCGAUCAUCUUUGUCGAGUCCAUACUUAAUUAAUGUGAAACAAGAGAAAGAAGAACUAUUAAAUAAUAACGAUCAACCGAUUGAGAUAAUAACUUAGCCGAUUUUUUAUUAUUGUUGAAAAAUUCAAAACAAGAAACAAAAAAACA